AUGUCGACCUCCGCACGCCGUCGGUUGAUGCGGGACUUCAAGCGCAUGCAAACCGAUCCCCCAGCGGGCGUUUCCGCCUCUCCAGUAGCUGACAAUGUCAUGACUUGGAAUGCCGUCAUCAUCGGCCCCGCCGACACUCCCUUCGAAGACGGCACAUUCCGCCUGGUGAUGAACUUUGAAGAACAAUACCCCAACAAGCCACCGGGGGUGAAGUUCAUCAGUCAGAUGUUCCAUCCCAAUGUCUACGGGACCGGCGAGCUCUGUCUUGACAUCCUCCAAAACCGCUGGAGUCCCACAUAUGAUGUGGCUGCGAUCCUGACCAGCAUCCAGAGUCUCCUGAAUGACCCCAAUACCUCCUCACCAGCCAACGUGGAAGCCUCGAACUUGUACAAGGACAAUCGCAAAGAGUACAUUAAGCGAGUUCGUGAGACGGUGGAAAAGAGUUGGGAGGACUGA